AUGGCAGAGGAAUGCAAUGGGGAGGAAAAGGUGCUGAGAUCCCGCCCGAGGAGGGGCUCCAAACCCAUGCCAGGGUGCUCCAAGGAGGAAGGACCCACCCUGUGCCAGGAAGGCAGCCAGAGAUGUGGCCAGAGCUCUGAGCUGGUGGUGCAUGAACAGCUUCACAAUGGCAAGAAGCGGCACCAGUGCUCGGAAUGUGGGAAGAGUUUCUGUGCAAAGUCCAGCCUGCUCCGGCACCAGAAGAUCCACACUGGGGAACGGCGCUGUGAGUGUGGGAAAUGUGGGAAGCGCUUCAGAGACACCUCUCACCUGAUGAUCCACCAGAGAGUCCACACUGGGGAACGGCCCUAUGAGUGUGGGGAGUGUGGCAAGAGCUUCACUACGAGCUCCAGACUGAUUGUCCACCAGAGGAUCCACACUGGGGAACGACCCUAUGAGUGUGGGGAAUGUGGGAAGAGCUUCACUCAGAGCUCCAGCCUGAUUGUCCACCAGAGGAUCCACACUGGGGAACGGCCCUAUGAGUGUGGGGAAUGUGGGAAAGGCUUCAGAAAGAGCUUUCACCUGAAAGGCCACAAGAUGCUCUGCACUGGAAUCUGA